GGCUGAGCCCCACUAGCCCGCUGUGCUGUCACGGGUGUCUGGCUUCUGGAAAUUCUUAGCACGGGCGCAGAUCGCGCCAGGCAUUGCUUGCCGCUGCGGCAUGUGACGGGUCUCCAUUGCAAUAGCCUCCAGGAUGUGGGCCAGAUAAAGCAUUUUCUGCUCUUAUCUUCAUGUUUUGUCUUCUCUUUUCUGGCGGGGUUCUUGGGUUCGACUAUUAACGGGAUCUUGCAGCAGAGUUGCGUCCUUUAUUAGCUCACCACUGCUAGCUACUAGUACCUCACCGACUACGUCGGCGGCGAGGUGUCGAUCCCGACUACCACCAAGACGAUGCCCACGGCCGGCACGCUCACACCCCCGUCCACCACAGGCCGCAACUCGCCGCGCUUCUUCGGCAAGCUCAACACCUCCAUGAUCGAAUCCAAGUUCCUCACCCACCCCGAGGACCUCGGCGUCGUCGCGGUCGGCUUCUCCGGCGGGCAAGGCAAGCCCGGCGUCGAUGCCGCCCCGACCGCGCUCAUCGAGUCAGGCCUGCUGGACCAGCUCCGCGAUGAGCUAGGGUACAACCUGCACGGCCACGACACGGUGCACUCGUACAGCGACCUGCAUCCCGCGCAGGACCCGCCCCACCGCGGCAUGAAGAACCCGCGGGCCGUCUCGGCCGUCACGCGGCGCAUUGCCGAACAGGUGUACGAUCAAGCAAAGGAGGGGAGGUUGGUGCUCACACUGGGAGGAGAUCACAGCGUCGCGAUUGGGACAAUCGCGGGGAGCGCCAAGGCCGUGAGGGAACGGUUGGGAAGGGAGAUUGCCGUCAUUUGGGUGGAUGCACACGCAGACAUCAACACUCCAGAGACGAGCGGCAGCGGGAACAUCCAUGGUAUGCCUGUCAGCUUCUUGACAGGCCUUGCGAAGGAGGAAAACGAGGAGUUUUUCGGCUGGUUGAAGGAUGAGCAUCGGAUUAGUGUGAAGAAGCUGGUGUACAUCGGCUUGAGGGAUGUUGAUGCCGGGGAAAAGCGAAUCCUGAGGGAGAAUGGUAUCAAGGCCUUCAGCAUGUUUGAUAUUGACAGACACGGGAUCGGUCGCGUAAUGGAGAUGGCACUGGCGCAUAUCGGCAGCGACACGCCCAUCCACCUAUCCUUCGACGUCGACGCUCUCGACCCCAUGUGGGCUCCUUCGACCGGCACACCUGUGCGCGGUGGCUUGACGCUCCGCGAGGGUGACUACAUUUGCGAGGUCGUGCAUCAGACCGGCAGCUUGGUUGCCGUCGAUCUGGUCGAGGUUAACCCGCGGUUGGCGCCGGAGAACGACAUUGGAGCGCACGAGACGGUCCGGGCUGGAUGUUCCCUCGUUCGCUGCGCACUUGGUGAGAGCUUGCUGUAAGACAGCGUGCGGAAAGGCACGGUUGUGGCGUAUUAUGGGUUAGACCUUGUGUUAGACUCGCCGGACCUUGGCAUGUGAAGGGCUUGCGGUGUCGAUGGAUCCAGUUUGGAAGACUUGUUCGGCUUCGAUGCCUCACCCAUUUUCUUCGUGCUUCACAUAAGUAAAUAACGUUCAAUAGACACAGAAUCUCAUCUAAAUGUCUCCAUCCACUACGCGCCAGCCGAGAGGCGCAUCGCCGCUCGUGCAUCGGACUCCGUCGAGAACACAGCAGGAUCCGUCGCG